AACAGUCGACGUCAAACAAGGUCGUUAGGUCGUAAUGCUAUUUACAGUUUUAAUUAUUACUUACAGUUAAGACAUUUGAAAAAAUACGGAUCAGCUAAGUAGCACUCCUCAUCAUCUCAUCUGUUCUGCCAUGUGUUGGACAGGUGAAUCAUUCCGUCAUAUCUGACCAUGAGUGUCCCGUGUUUAAUAAGGAACUUGACCAGACGUUUUGCCGGUGGAUCAGUGUUUAGACCCGCAGGAUUAUUUUUAUGUAAUGUCACACGAAAAAUGUCAUCCAAGAGACAAACUGACCAUCUAGAGAGAACUGCUAAUGUUUGCAGACAAAUGGAACUUUUCCCUGCACGUGUUUGUGACAUUGUGAAUGAAUCUGAUACAGUAAAGAGACUGAGAUUGGAGGUACCACAUCCGGACUUCAGCUUCCGUGCAGGACAAUGGGUGGAUUUCUUCAUCCCAGGUGUGGAUACGGUAGGUGGCUUCUCCAUAUGCUCCAGUCCUGGUCUACUGCAAAGAGAGGGCGUGAUUGAGCUUGCUGUCAAAUACACACGACACCCUCCAGCAAACUGGAUUCAUACAAAAUGCUCUGUGGACUCUGAAGUAGCUGUUAGGGUUGGUGGUAAUUUCUACUUUGACCCUCGACCCUCUGACCCUGUGCUUGACCUGUUGCUGGUAGCUGGUGGUGUUGGAAUUAACCCUCUGUACUCCAUCUUACUGCAUACGGCAGAUCUGCUCAGGCACUCUUCCGAUGGUCGUGGAUACACACCGGGACGUACACACCUAUGCUACAGUGCGAAGAAUACCAAGGAACUUCUCUUUAAGAACACCAUUAUUGAUGUCUGUCAUGAGCUCCAUGAGAAAGUCUCCUGCAAUUUUCAUAUUACCCAGCAGAGCUCUGAUAUAGAGCAGGAAAUUCAGCCUUAUGCCAUCAGUGAAAGGAUAUCAGAAGAUGUACUAAAGCGUCACGUAGACCCAGAGCGUACGCUGUGUUAUCUUUGUGGUCCUCCUCCUAUGAUAGAGAAAGUGAGCUCAGACCUGCAGAGGAUCGGUCUAUCGGAGGACAAAAUCCUUUUUGAGAAAUGGUGGUAGCAUUUUAUUGCCACAAACUCAGAUGGAUGGCUGCAUUUGUGUUUGUGCAUUAUAGAAACGGACUGUAAUGGUAAUGGACCAGUAAUGCAUUUGAGUUAAACGCACAACAACAUUUUGUCUGCACUCUCCUGGACUUUAUUACUAUUGGAAUACACUCUGCUGAUUACCAUAUCAUCCACAUUUAAGCAACAAAGCAAUUUUCUAGACUCAUUCCUGAAUGAUCACGGGCUGUACUGUAUAUUUAACUUUGUGUUGUGAGGUUACAGAGUCCUCCAAACUUGAAUAAUUCAGUUUUACCUCAUUUUUAAAAAUGGACUCGACAAAUUGACCGUAACCACUGCUGAAAUGCUCUACAUUACAGCUGGUUAACUGUCUAGUCGGGGUAUUGCACACAUAGAUUGCACUAGGGUUUUUUAGUUCUAUGUACAAUUAUGUAGUUUGCAAUAAAAUUUUAAUACACAUAUUUAUUCAUAAAGUUUUAGUAUAGUUUUAUUUAGUAAAAUUUGUACUUGUACUGACAUCAUUUCAGCCAUUUACACUGCAAAAAAUAUUUGUUGGUUUAACUAACUUAAUUUUUAAGUUAUCUGGUUGCCUUAAAGAGACACUCCACUUUUUUUUGAGAAUAUGCUCAUUUUCCAGCUC